AUGGCCGGGACCAGACGGUUGCCGACCUGGCCUGUGUCGAACCCGCAGUUUGAGGUUGAACAGACACAAGAAGAAACAGCUCACGCCAACAGGCACCUGGAUCCAGAACACGAAUCUCCAGCCGUACUUUUUGGCGAGCUGGCCGCCCAGGGUUCCGAACGCCGAGCCUGUUCCGUAGCACAGGUUGGCAAGACCCUGGUAGACUCCUCUUUUGCGCAACGGAACCAGGUCACUCAUGGUGAUGCUUCCCAAAGUGUUGAGACCAGAAGCGAAACCAGACAAGAACCGGCCAAUGACAAACGACCAGGCUGUGGUGGCCGUGGCACAUUGCAAGCAUCCGAUCGUGAAGAUAGUGAUACAGCCCAGAAUCAUUGGUCUGCGGCCAAAAAUGUCCGACAACUUGCCCAACGGCUGGACGAUUGA